AUGAGCGCCGUCGUGUCCCGCAGCUACCCCGACGCCCUCCGGAAGCUCGCCGAGCUCCAGUCAAACAGGGCCGUGACGCAGCUCUUCGGCAGCGCUCCCGGGCACACCAACACCAAGGCCCGGGACCUGCACGCCGCCGCCAUCCCAGAGGUCAUCCGAUGGCUGGGCCGAGCGGGCUACUCGCCCGACGACCUCGCCCGCAUGCGUCACAUCCACGUCGCGGGCACAAAGGGCAAGGGCUCCGUCUGCGCGUACGCGACGUCGCUGCUGCGCCGGCACGCCCACGCCCACGGCCCAGUGGGCACCUACACGAGCCCGCACCUCGUCAGCCCCCGGGAGAGAAUCGCCAUCGACGGCGAGCCCAUCUCCCAGGAGCGCUUUGCGGCGGCCUUUUUCGACCUCUGGGACCGCUUCACCGACGCGGCGAGGAGGGAGGGCGAGGACGCCGCCGCCGCCGAGGGGCCGCGCUGCAAACCCUUCUUCUUCAGGUUCCUCACCAUCAUGGCGUGGCACGUCUUCCUGCGGGAGGGCGUGAGGAGCGUCGUCAUGGAGUGCGGCAUCGGCGGGGAGUACGACGCGACCAACGUCCUGCCCGCGAGGGCCGUCUCCGCGGCCGUCAUCUCGCAGCUGGCCGUGGAUCAUGUCGCCAUGCUGGGGGACACGGUUGAGCAGAUUGCGUGGCACAAGGCGGGCAUAUUCAAGGCCGGCGUGAGGGCCUUUACGGCGAGGGCCGAGCCGAGCGUGAUGAUGGUGCUGAGGGAGAGGGCGGCCGACAAGGGCGCCACGCUCGUUGAGCUCGAUCCCGGGGACGUCGAGGCCUGGGGUGGGGUCGACGGGCGUCUGAAGGGCCGGUUCCAGAAGAUGAACCAGGCCUUGGCCGUGCUGGCUGUGAGGGAACAUUUGGGCGUGGGCGACGGCGGCCGAGGGUUGCGAGACCUGCCGGAUGACGUGGUCGGCGGGUUGAGGGAGGCUACGCUGAGGGGACGCUGUGAGGUCCUCCGCCACGGAGGACGGACCUGGCUGCUCGACGGGGCGCACACGAGGGAGAGUCUGCGCGAGGUGGCCAGGUGGUUGCGUGACAGUGUUGAGGACGGCCAGGGCGCGGUGCUGGUGUUUAACCAGCAAGAGAGGCGCGCGGACGAGUUGCUGGCUGGCUUUGUGCACGAGGUCGGUCAGGUCGUCGGGCGGGACGUGUUCAAGGCUGCCGUGUUUACGAGGAACGAGCCGAAGGGGGCCGGAGAUGGAGAUGUGAGCGUGCAGGAGGGCGCUGCCAAGACCAUGAGGGACCUUGUGCCCGCCUGCGACACGGCUGUGUUUGACAACGUGGAGGAUGCGGUCCUACAUGCCAGGAACCUUGUGCGUCGCAUGGGAAACGCCAAGGUACUGGUGACGGGGAGCAUGCACCUCGUCGGUGGUGUGUUGCGGGUUCUUGAACCCGACGGUCAGUUGUAG